UGCCGACACGGAUGCGUUUAAUGGGGUACCGCGUGUCGCGAUCACGUGACCUUGUCAGCGCGAGUGUAUAUAUGAAUUAUAUACAUAUUAUUACUAUUUAUUAUAUGCAGAACAAAAUGUGAAUAUUAUUGACAUUGAAAAUGGUGCUACGUAUUGUGGUGCUUAUCCUUUCGGCGGCGUUGGUCCGAGGUUGGGGCAUCAACCACGCGCAUCCCGGAACCGGCGCCAAAUGCGAGCGAUUGAACGUAUCCUUUUGCCGAGGAUUGCGUUAUAAUAUGACAGCGAUGCCGAAUUUUAUGGGUAACGAAGAUCAACGGCAGGCAGAACGAGGGCUGGCGACCUUCAUGCCACUGGUCCACUACAACUGUUCAAAACAUCUUAGGCUCUUCUUAUGUGCCGUCUUUGCCCCAGUCUGCUCGGAACAUGUAGCCAUACCAGCUUGCAAGUCUCUCUGCCUUUCCGUAAGAAGAGACUGCGAACCGGCCUUAACCAGUCUCGCGUUGCCGUGGCCGCACUUGUUGGAUUGUAAUCGUUUCCUUGAUCGUGGAAAUACAUUGUGCGUGCAGCCGCCGGACGAAACAUUGGACAACACCAGUUCACCAACACUACCAACCGUUCAGCAACAAUGGCCGGUGAUGUAUGAACGACCACCGCAAAUAUCUAUAAGAUUACAACAGCAGCAACAGCAUUAUCAGUGUCCACCUCAUUUUGUGCAGAUAUCCGAAAUGGAAAUGAUUUCUUGCGCACCACGUUGUGGUACCGACGCAUAUUAUCGCGCAGAAGACAAAAAAUUCGCCGAACGUUGGAUGACUGGCUGGGCAUGGCUAUGCUUCCUGUCGACGCUUUUCACUCUGUUAACCUUUUGGGUUGAGCCGUCCAGAUUUCGUUAUCCUGAGAGACCGAUAGUCUUUCUGGCGCUCUGCUAUAAUCUCCUCUCUAUGGCUUACAUUGUCCGUGCUGUGGUUGGAGCUGACAAUCUUAGCUGUGUCAGUCAGAUUGAUGGGCCGAGUUACAUUCCAGUUCGCGAUGCUCUGAAGAGCAUUCCUUGUACAAUUUGGUGGCUGGUCAGAUAUUAUCUGGGAUUAGCCAGCAAUAUGUGGUGGGCAGUGCUGUGUGGUUGCUGGCUGCUAAGCGCCAGGAAUGAGUGGAGCAGCGAAGCUCUUUAUGACAUCGCACCCUAUCUUCAUACGGCCGCGUGGAUUCUUCCAAUAUUUUUCACAGGAGGUAGUCUAUUGUCGCAUAAUGUGGUGGCAGAUGAAUUAACCGGAUUGUGCCAGAUCUCGGACGAGUCGGCACUGUGGUUAGAAGUGUUGCCGCACGCAAUGCUGCUAUUGUUGGGCUGCGUGUUUGGUAGCGUUGCUGGAAGCGCGUUGGUACGCGUACGGAGGGCCGUGCGCUGCGCUGGACGCAGCGCAAUGAAACUGGAACGCCUGAUGACGCGGCUAGGUAUCUUCGCGCUGUUGUACGCGCUGCCAGCACUGGGUGGUCUUGUCUGUGUACUGCAGGAGGCCUCGGUAAGGCCGCGAUGGAGAAAAUUGGCAUUGUUGGCCGCAUUGGACUGCCGCGCGGCGCAGAAUUGCACCCCAGGUCCGGUAUACCGAGCUGCCGGUCUCGAAGUUGCCCUUCUGAGACUCUUUCUGUCCCUCGUGGUCGGCGUUACCUCCGGCAUGUGGGUAUGGUCUGGCAAGACUUGCCGUGCUUGGAGCAGACUACUCGUUGCACCUAACAAAUCCGCCAGGAUACAAAGCCCUUUUCAAGGUUUCAAGCAGGACGACAAUAUCGCUUGACUUUGAAUCUUGACUUUGUCAAUGUGACAUUCAAAAUGUUGACGUUUCAAAUCUUGCGGAUGUGCUUUAAAUAUUUUAGACAUUUUCUCAUCAUUGUGCGUGCGCAUGUGCAUGUAUGUGUAAGAAUGUACGAUUUUUGUAAAUUAUGUAUCCCUGUUACAAUUGUGAUCUUCUUUAAGGAGAUCCUAAUGACGUCUGUAUUAUCGAUUAAAUCAUAUAAUUUUCGUAUAACAAAUACUUUUCUUCUUUUUCACAGAUUCGAAAAUCCUUUUCCAGGAUUAAAGUAUACGCAUUAAUACGUGUUUGUGAGGUGGAGUUUAUGCCGAGAAUGAUCAAAAAUUUCAAAAUUGAUACAUUUUUUACCAUUUCUUAGUGUAACAUGGCGUCUCAAUUGUCAAGUGACUGCUUGAAAGUUUUGCAAAUCGUGCUUAUGAAAUAAUCCACGUAAUUGCACGAACAAAUAACGUCAAGUUCUUAGAAUUAGACUUAGAUGCUUUAUUGCGAUGAAUUUGUUACGCGAAAAUUUAUGUGCAAUUGCAUAUAUCAUAGUUUACGUAAGGCAUUGAUGUGGUAGUAUAUAAAGAUACGAGGGCAAGUCAAAAUAAGUUUUGACAAAAUGGUCCACAAUGAGCAAACGCAGCAUCCAUCUUGCCGAUAGUUUUUUCAUACUCAAUUAUUCGUGCAAAAUUGAAAUCACUGUGCCAUGUGGUAUGCCUGUGGCCUUACAAGCUCGCGCACUUUCACUCAUCAAUCAGUCAAAACAAUAUCGUGGACUUUAUCGAUGAUUUCUGACGUAGCAAUUGAUUGAUGCGUUUAGUUCCUAUAAUAAGAGUUAGGAUAAAUCGCCGCCAUUAAUAGCCAAAUACUACAGAGACUACAUAUAGAAAAUAUACAGAAUACGAUAUAGAAAAUAUGACACAUCAAACAUGUAUAGUCGAGUUCAAUUAAAUGAGCAUGGUAUGGUUAGAAGUAACAAUCUUUAACAAAUCUUGUGUAAACGUUAUACUGCCAGCGCUAGUUAAUGACGAAAACAUAAAGAAUAACAUCAAAUACAUAAUUUUUUGCAAUUUGCUUGUAACUCGCAGUUGUGUUGGCUAUUGCUCAUUUGAAACUUGCGGCUGGCUAUUACAUAUAGCGGAUUUCGGCAAUCAAUCAAAAAUCAUUAUCUCGGUAGUUAACUCUUAUUAUAGUAUCUCUAAAUGUGCUGGAAAAACAGUGAUCUCUCUGUCAUCUUUGACUUUGUCAUCAGAGUUCGGGCUUCACUUUAGGAUUCCCUUAAAUAUCAUAAACGCGAUAUAUCGCAUCGCGAUUUUUACAUGUGUAUACAUUUGUUCAACUACGUUUUUAUCAUAUUAAAGAUCUUUGAUAAAUUCAGAGCAGUGAAAGCUGACCAAAUAAUAAAAAAAUAUUAAUUGUUAGAACACAGUAAAUAUAAAAUUUGU